AUGUUAAAUUGGUUUUGUCUCAAUUUGUCUUUAUGAAAAUGCGGACUACCGGUUUAGGGAAGAGGUAUAAUUUGAGAGCUUGUGCUUCCCUGACAUUUGUAAAUUGAUAGGUAACAACCUAAAACCCUCAAUAUUUUCCAUCAAUGGCAACCGCCGACUCCGACUCCAACUCCUCCAACACCAACACCACAAGUGUGAGCAUGAAGCUACUGGUGGACUCAACUCGUGGCAAAGUUUUGUUUGCAGAAGCGAGCAAGGAUGUCGUUGAUUUUCUCUUCACUCUCCUGUCUCUUCCUGUAGGGACAGUGAUUAGGCUCCUCUCCAAAGACGGCAUGGUUGGUAGCUUGGGAAAGCUUUAUGAGAGUGUUGAAAAUCUCGAUGACACAUACUUGCAACCAAAUCUCAACAAGAACAUGUUGCUGGAACCAAAGGCAACAGUUGCUGGUGCCAAUAUCCUUCCUUUGCUGACCAACGACGUUGACUCGAAUGCUAAAAAAUUCUACAUGUGUUCAUAUUGCAGUAACCGCAGUAUUUCCAAUGUGCAUGGAACCCGUUGCCCAGAUUGCAAUCAUGGUCACAUGUCCAAUGAGGUGACUUAUGUUUCUCCAGCACCUACCGUGGCAAGACCCAGCGAGGGAGGGUAUGUCAAGGGAGUAGUGACAUACAUGGUCAUGGAUGACUUGGAGGUGAAGCCAAUGUCCACCAUUUCAAGCAUAGCUAUGCUGAACAAGUUCAAUGUGAAGGAGGUUGGUGCUCUUGAAGAGAAAGUGGUUAAUCUUGGCAUGGAAGAGGGUUUGAAGCUGCUGAAGGCAUCGUUGGAGACCAGUACAGUUCUUACAAAAGUGUUCCUGGGUAAUAAGAAGGCAUAAAACGUUUCUGCAUUAUGAACUCAUCAGUUUCCUACUUCUUUAUGAUGUCAUUUUGGAGCUUAGGUUAUUCGGGAUUUAAGGAUGUGUAAUAAUAAGUUUUUCUAAUGUCGGUUUGUUUGUUUUUAAAAAAAUGAUCUAUGUUUUCUUCUGUCUCUGUUUCAAUUAAGAAACUGUUUGCUUGAAUUUUAAUUAAUUUGCUAGCGCA